UAAUUGUUAGUCUGUUUAAUGAUGUAAAAUAAACAACUGCACUGAAUUCAAUUGGAACUCACAGAAUUACGCCUAUAUUUUUAAUAAACUAAAAAAAGCUACUUAAAAUAACUAAACAACUUGUUUGGUUUUGAACUAGUGUUUGAAAAACAAAAUGGCUACCAUUGCUAGAGAAAACAAAUUUGCUUGUAAAAGGACUUUUUAACCCAAAACCACAUAUUUACUGUGACAACAAGCCCCUCGCCUAUUCCUUUUUUUUUUCUGUGCAGUUUAUCCCCCUUUAUCAUUUAAUAACUUACCAAUUUAGGUUCCUGCUCUUAGUUUAUAACAGGUAACAACUAUUAUAGAAAAUAUUGCUAAAGUAUUACUUGGCUGUUUGAACAGAAUAUCUCUAUACUUUAAACGUCUGCUGUUCUUUCCUGACAUCAGCAGUAACGCGCCCUGUCCAUUAAUUAUUCCCACCGUCUCCAGAUAUUAAUGCGUUUUUCGCUGCGCCCGCUGUUUUAAUGCGUUUUCCGAGUUUCUACCAAAUAAUUCACUCUGUCUCGGGCGCGUGAUGCACCGCAAAUUGAAAGGUGGCGCGAAAGAGCUCUUGAGCCGGCGCGCGCGUUCAGGUGCGCACACACACCUCCAGCAAAAACUACGCACUCAGCUCUGUCUGCCUCGGAUUGAAUCAUUUUAGAUGCACGGAAGGGACAGGCGCAUAAUCUCCUCAACGCGACUGUACGUUCAGCUUCUCUUCCAAGGAACACGCGCAGUGGACUGCCAUGAGCUGUCGUGUCCAGUGACCCGCUGGCGAUGGGAUCUGACCGGCAUACUGAUACGCUCCGCAAGCAGCGUCAGCACCGGGCAGCGCGACAGACGCAAGAACACCUCGCGCACCACUUUGGUUUUCCAUAGAGUUGCUCAUUUCUUUGCGUUUGUAGUAUUUUAAUGUUGGUCUCAUCGUCGCGCAUGCGUUGCUGUGUAGUUGACGUCGCUGAAGCGCUUCUUCAGACUAAGUUUGGGCUUCUGCUCGGUCGAUGAUGAGAGGGAUGGUGAUCGCUCGGGAUCACUGGCGCGCGAGGAUCUUGUGUCUCCUCGUGCUCGUGGCUUUGACGCUUGGUCGUAGCCCGCCGGCGAACAGUGUAAAUGAACCAAGCAACAUGUCAUACGUCAAAGUCACCGUGGAUAAACUACUCAAAGGCUACGACAUCCGUCUCAGGCCUGACUUUGGAGGUCCUCCGGUUGAUGUUGGUAUGAGUAUUGACAUCUCUAGUAUCGACAUGGUGUCGGAAGUGAACAUGGACUAUACCAUCACCAUGUAUUUCCAGCAGUCCUGGCGCGAUAAGCGUCUGUCCUACACUGGGAUCCCUCUAAAUCUUACUUUGGAUAACCGAGUGGCUGAUCAACUCUGGGUGCCUGAUACUUACUUCAUAAACGACAAGAAAUCUUUUGUUCAUGGGGUCACAGUGAAGAACCGCAUGAUCCGUCUGCAUCCUGAUGGGACUGUGCUCUAUGGUCUCAGGAUAACUACCACAGCUGCAUGUAUGAUGGAUUUGCGCAGAUAUCCGCUGGAUGAGCAGAACUGCACGCUGGAGAUCGAAAGUUAUGGCUACACUACAGAUGACAUUGAGUUCUACUGGCAGGGAGGAAGUUCAGUGACGGGGGUGGACAACAUUGAGCUGCCGCAAUUCUCUAUUAUUGAUUAUAAAACACUGUCUAAGAAAGUUGUGUUUGCCACAGGGUCAUAUCCUCGUCUGUCUCUCAGUUUUAAACUGAAGAGAAACAUUGGGUAUUUCAUCCUGCAGACCUACAUGCCUUCAACACUGAUCACCAUCCUGUCCUGGGUCUCCUUCUGGAUCAACUAUGAUGCUUCAGCUGCAAGAGUUGCUCUAGGAAUCACCACCGUUCUGACAAUGACUACAAUCAACACUCAUCUUAGGGAGACUUUACCCAAGAUCCCUUAUGUGAAGGCCAUUGACAUCUAUCUGAUGGGCUGCUUCGUCUUUGUGUUUCUGGCUUUGCUCGAAUAUGCUUUCGUCAACUACAUAUUCUUCGGCCGUGGUCCACAUUUACAGAAGAAAGUGGCAGAAAAAGCUGCAAAAAGCAACAAUGAGAAGAGUAACAAAGUUCAGGUUGAUGUCCAUGGAAACAUUCCCCUGACAAACCUUGAUCUGCGCCUUAGCGGGGCAGAGAUGUUAGGUGCUCUUGGGGACCCGAGGAACACCAUGUUCUCCUAUGACAGUGCCAGCAUCCAAUACCGUAAGCCCCUUACAGGUCGGGACCUCUAUGGCCGGCCCACUGCCUCUCUCGAGAGGCCAAUGGCACAGAAAAAGAGUCAUCUUAAGAGGCGAGCCGCUCAGCUGAAGGGAGCAGCACUAACUCGACCCAGCCAUUCACACAUCAGGUCAGGCUCUCUUACUCUCCUUGAGGUUUUGGCUGUCAGUCAGACAGGAGGAAGAGGUGCUUUCUGAUCCAUUUCACUGACUGCAGGAAGUGCAACUUCACAAUGGAAAGAAAAUAGGCUUUUCUUAGCUAAUGACUUCACUGCACAUCUACUGUUGGUCAGGCUUGAAUCUGUAAACCAAUAUUUGGAAGUUGUUUUCAUCCUUCAUCUUGCAUAUAUGAAGGUCUUAAAAAGAUUUUCUGGGUCUAUUACAAGCUCUUUUGACAUUUGUGGCAUACAUUUCAUUACCACAGAAAUUAAUUUUGACCUGUCCCUCAGUUUUUAUAAUAAACAAUUGGAUUAAAUAAUUUUAAAAAGCUCUUAAAGGGUUAGUUCACCCAAAAAUGAAAAUUCUGCCAUCAGUGACACACCCUCAUGUCGUUCCACAUCUGUAAGACCUUCG